UCUCAAACAUGCAGGGCAGUGGGUCCCCAGGACCACUUUGCGCGAUGGUCAGCUGAAAGGUACAUCUAUAUUACAGGUGCUGCAGAGGCUUUCAGCCAAGCCAAAAAGGCCAUAGGGGCUCAUGUGAAAAAGAAGCAAUUUCCACUCUGCAGGCAAAAGUUGGAGCGUGGAAAAUUACUUUCAUAUCUCUGGACUUGGCAAUGGCUGUCGAGUACAUCCAUGCACAAAGGAUCAUUCACCAAGAUAUAAAGCCAGCAAAUGUCAUGGUUCACCAGCUGUCCAAGAGGGCAGUCUUGACAGACUGGGGCAUGGCUAACAUAAGGGACACUGUCAGUAUCCGCCAAGGCAGUCGUCUAUCAACGCAAGCAGUAGGGCCAGCUAGUGGCACUGCUCUUUACAUGGCCUCUGAAUGCAUUCUGCACUUUAUGGAAGCCUCUGGACAGACAGACAUGUGGUCCCUGGGAGCCACAUAUCUGGAGGUGUUGAUAGGGUCUGCUCCAUGGUCAGUCAGUAAGCAGCGGGAGCUGGCAAUGCUGCUGACUGCCCAAACCCCACCACAUGCCCUUGCUCAGCUCGAGCCGAAGUUUGCUUUUCUUGGUGGCCUUUUAAGUUAUGAUGCCUCCUCAAGGGCUACCGCAUCUGAGGUGGUAACUAUCCUGAAAUCCAUCUUUGAUCUUGCAAGCCGAUAUGGCUACAAGUGGUAGUUGGCCUACAAUGUUGUCUUGUCUUGCCCUCAUAAAAGUGCAUUACCUUGUUGUUUUUUAGGAUUUCGUUGUGUGUUUGUUUCAAACAUUUACAGUGUAAGCAAAAAAACAGUAUGAAAUUGUUGGUUGGAAAGUUGUUGUCGUAUGUGCAUUUAGGUUACAUUGUUCAAUGUUAAAAUGUAUUUGUAGUUCUUAACUCAUUUUUUUUUAAUUCAUUCUUAAAAAUCAGGAACAUUUGUUAAGGCUCACAGGGUGACUGUAACAAGAACCACAGGACAUUUAAUGAAAAGACUCCCGCUCCCCCUUUUGGGAACAGCGGCAUUUUUUCUCAACAAUGUCUCAAAAUGGCUCCUAUAGUACCAACAGUAACUUUAACAUAGUUAACAGAAUGCAAGGAUGCCUUUACAUUGUUAAAAGAAGUCCAUUGUGGUAGCCUCUCGGGCCGCAGGGGUGGAAGUGGUGUGGAGUUUCAGGGGGCAGCAUGAACAUGGAAGUUUUCAAAGUUUCUGUCAUCUUUUCUUCUGUGUCCAUUUCUGUUGGUGAUGCAGGGGAGGUAGAUUCAAAAACUAAUGUAAUUUCCCAAUUUGCUUAGAAAAAUAAAAAAAAAAAAAUGUACAAAAUUUCCAGCAGCUUCUGUGGCUCCUUCGCGUUUUGAAAUGGCGGCUUUGUCAGACACCGUACUGAUUCCCCUCCAUCCCUUCUCUGUGUAAUAUUUUGUAUAUUUCAUUUGCUUCCUCAAAUGUUGGGGGUGUUGGAGUUUCAUUGCUGUUCAUGGCAGCGGUGAAUU